AUGCCGCCCAAGCGUACCACUUCAAUCAAACCAUUUAAGAAGACGACCAUGACUGCCGGCGACAGAUCAUCAAGCCCGCCGGAUAUCUCUCGUCCAGCGCGAUCCAGCCCGGCGUGGCUCGGCACCGAAUGGCUCCACGCCCAGCUCAAGACGGGCCCUCCAACAGAUCCUGCUCCUCAACAACAACAAUCCAUCAUCGAGCGAAGACUACCUUCAUCGGUGUGCUUGGAUAUCUCGGAGUUUCGAAGACUCCUCCAACGCUAUCGCAAGUCAGACGACUCCAUCACCCUCGCCCUCAACCGCUCCUUCCUCCUCCUAGGCUCCCCCUCCGACCAUCCUCCUCACCAACACAAUCAAAGCCAGCCCUCGACAAGCCAAUGUGCAGAGUUUUGGAAAAUCUUGACCGCUAGUUGGGCGAGUCGAGAGAACCUGAUCAGGAGCUGCAUCGACAUUGUCGAUCAGUCGGUCUCUGAGAGGAGCCGAGCGAUCCAAGAGCUAUCCGGCGCGCCAACCAAAUCGGAGCAAGUCGGCCGGACAAGCGGAGCAUUUGAAGACGAUAUAGCCAGACGACACCGACCGUCGACCGGUGAGAAGAAGAGGGCGGAGCUGGAGGCAGAAGUGUACACGGCCGAGCUGAAGCGGAGGAUGAUCCACGACGAGCUGGCCGUCGAAUCGGCCAUCCGCAAUCAAGCCCUCCAGAAAUUCAGCGCCCGCUGUUCCCCGUCCAUCUUUCCUGUCCCCGAUACCUCGCCUCAGGUCAACUUGGAUCCGCACCCUGUACCCCAAUAA